UAAUAUAAAUGGAAGUUAUACAGCAAUAGAUGUCAAAAUACAUAAAUCUUUCAAUAUUUGUCAAGUCCAUAAAUAAAUCUGCCAAGAUUUUCUCCAAAGUUCAGAAAAGCAGAAUGCAAAAUAUCUGUAUAUUGAAAUAUACAAAUAUCCUAAAAUAAGAGGUAGAUUUUAAACUCACGGCUCAAAUAAGGUUACACUGCUGCCUCUAUUAAUGUUGGUUUUUUGGCGCUUUUAAAAGAACUUACAAAAUAUAUUUUAAGAUUCUGAAUGCAUGUACUUUAUAUCCUAAAAAUAUUCCCUUGACUAUCAAUAAGGAGAGACUUUGGGCAAAUCAGCAAUCCACAGGAUUAAUGCUACACUUCCAUCCUGUAUGAAACUUCAAUCUUUUAUAAUAAGGAAUUAAGAGAACCGCCUGAUAUUGACUUGUAGAGAUGUUGAGGAGUUUUCUGGGUCAACUGCACAGAGGCCUUGGUCCCAAGAAACACUUUCCUUUAGGAAUCAUUUAGGGAAAAUCCGAUUUAGAUCUUUAGAUCUUUUAAGGGGGAAUCAGUAACCCUCAAUAACCCUCCCUGUUCUGCAAAAAGCUCCCCUAUGUGUAAUGAGCAUUUUCAAAGGAUACAACACACACACACACACAUAUAACGGGGAAAGUGAAAGAGGUCCACUAGGGAUCGAGUGAAAAGGCGGGAUGGAUUUAGCGGGAAAAAGCUCUAUGUAUAAUGCGCAUUUUCAAGUACUACAGCACAAAACUGGGGAAAGUGAAAGAGAGCCAUUGGGGAGCUCAUGAAAAGGAUGGGGUGGCGAGUUAGCGGGAAAAGCUCUCCUAUAUAUAAUACGCAUAUUCAAGGGCUACAGCACACACACAACCGGGGGAAGUAAAAGAGGGCCGCCAGGGACCGCGUGAAAGGGAUGGGAUGGCGAGUGAGCGAAACAAGGACAAGGGACCAUCGGUUCUCCGGCUUUUCCCGUCCUCUCGAGGCUUAGACGGAGAUGGAGGAGACCGGCGAAGGCGUCUCGGUCCCGUCCUUCUCCUCCCCCCACUCCCCGUGGGCGGAGCGUCUCCAGGCGCCCGUCCGUUUUUCGGGGUGGGGAGGAAAGCAGAGAGCGCUCAUCACAAGCGAGAUUAUGAUGGAGAUUCUGACCUUCAUGUUGGAAUAACUAAUACCAAUGGUUUGGUGUAUAAUUACAAUGAAACUGGUAUUACCAUUGCUGAAUACGGCUGGGAACAAUGUGUGAGCAUUCCACUAGUGCAGCCUGAUAUGUAUGGCCUCCUUAACCAAUGGGAUACCUAUCUAGGACAAUUUUCAGCAACAGAUAUUUGGCUUCCACACAGAUAUGAAGAAUGUUUCCAUAAUUGUUAUACAUAUGCACUAACAUUCAUUAAUUGUGUGCUGAGUGCCCAAAAGCAACAGCAAAUGAAUAAAAAUGAAUUUGCAGAGAAAUUUGUAAUUCCGCGAACAAGAAAAGCUUCCAAAUAUAUCACCAUCUAUAAGGAAAUAUGCAAGAAUGGUUUUUAUGUUGUUGACCAUCCUGCUCAAAAAGGCAGUACUUCUACCAAUGCCAUUUGACUUUAGGCCGAAGCACUGACUGUAAGUAAAAUUAAAAUAUUCAUGUUAAGACAUAAGGCAUGUUCCUAUUUUGCUGUAAGGAAAGUGGGAAACAUUACCAUCAUAUUUAAUUGGACAGAAAUCCAAGAGAAAUCAGAAUUAUUUCCUAUUAUCCAUAAAACUGCAGAAUGAAUCACAAUGUAAUUUUUCUAAUAAACAUUUUUUCUACCUGUCUGAAUAAUUAUAUUUAGCAUUAUUUUAAUUUAAAGACAUUGAUAUGAAGUAUAAAAAUCUACAAAUAGAAAAAAAAAUCCAUGGAUGGGAUCAAGAAACAAGGAACACUUCCUUUUUGUUGGAAGUGAAAGACAAUUUUUAAUAAUUCUUUCUCUACUCCAGAUGGAACUGGAGCAAAGACAAUGACAUUUUAUUUAGCAAUGACAAUGACAUUUUCCUUUCUGUGGGUGUAUUCAUGAAUAGAAGUUAACCAACAAAAUAAAAUUCAGCAUUCAUAGAAUCAUAGAGCUGGAAGGGACGUAUAACUAUCAAACACAUGAAUAAAAUGUACUUUUAUUUGGCAUAAUGUAGCAAGAAAUUUUGGUUGACAGAAGUAAAAAAAAACCACUUUGUUUAAUUGAUUUCAGCCAUCUCCAACAUACAUGGUGUAACU